GGCGGCGAUGGCGGCGGCGGCGGCGCGGGCGAGCUGCCCGGCCUGCGGCUCCUCCGCCCUGGUGGAGGACGCGCACUACGCGCAGCAGCAGCUGGUGUGCGCCGCCUGCGGCUGCGUCCUGGCCGAGGGGCUCCUCACCACCACCUACGCCGAGGAGGAGCACCUGCGAGAGGUGGCCUAUUCCCAGAGCACUGGCCAGAAGGAGCAGCUGAGCCGCUGUCUGCAGCGGGGGAUCAGGAGGGUCCAGGACCUCUGCAAAGUCCUCCAGCUCCCGUCAGUGUUCGAGGAAACGGCUGUGUCAUACUUCCAGCGAGCUCUCCAGCAUCCCUCCUUCCACCUGGUCAGUCUGGAGAAGAAGGAGCUUCUGGGGGGCUGCUGCGUCUUUGUGACCUGUCGGCAACACAACUGGCCCCUGACCAUGGGAACGAUCUGUUCCCUUCUUUACGCCAAGAAGGAGCUGUUUGCCAGCGUCUACCUGAGCGUGCAGAAAGAGCUUGAGCUGUCCGUGCCAGCGUUGAGCCUGAUGGAUCUGGUGAAGACGCACCUCAAUAGUUUCAGGCUGUUCCAGUGCGCAGCUGACAUCCCUGCCCCAUUUGUGGAGGACAAGGAGAAGAUGGUAGCGCGAACGAUGCAGAUUGUGGAGCUGGCCAGCGAGACGUGGUUGGUCACGGGCCGGCACCCUAUUCCCAUCGUCACCGCCGCAGCGUUCCUGUCCUGGCAGUCGCUGCAGCCCGCCGCCCGCCUGACGUGCACCUUCGCGCGGUUCUGCAAGGUGGCGGGUGUCGACCUGCCUCCGCCGGCCCACUUGAGGCUGAAAGAGCUUCACGAAAUCCUGCUGAGGAUGGCGUCCCAGCUCACGUGGCUGAGGGUGUUUAAGAUGGACAAGAAGGUGGCCGUCAAGCACAUCGGGGACCUACUGCAGCACCGAAUUUUCCUGCUGAAGAAGUCUUUCUGUGUGGAGGAUGCGGAGGAGCAGCGUGCUGGAGCCCAGGGUGAGGGCUCCCCUCCGGCCGCCGGAGGGGCCCCGCAGGAGGAGGUGCGUCCCUCCGAAGGGAAACGUCAGCGUGACGGGGAGCGGAGGCCCUUGCUUCCGCCUUGCCUCAUCAAGCCGAAGAAGAGACUCCGCACAGCAGCCCCAAGCGCUUCGGACCUUGCCAUCACCGGCGAUGAACCCAUCUCCGACAGUGAAAUAGAGCAGUACCUGAGGGACCAAGAGGAGAUCCAGGCUUUCAGCAAGGCCAAGGCAUGGCUGUGAACAAGGCGGCUCCUGGUUGGUCUGGAGGAGAGUGCUGCCACGAGCACGAGGGCAGCAAAGGGCGAGGAACCGGCAGCAUAAAGCCUGGUGGUAGCAGAGCCACACUAACCACAAGGACAGUCACCAAAGGAAUGGGGCAAUGCAGGAAACAGCUCUACUCCUGUUGAGUGUUUGUGUUUGGUAGAUGGACCGGAAGGAGGCUUUUUAUGGAGUAACUGUUUUGGUUGUCUUGUAUUUCUGCUAGAAGUAAAUGAACUAGGGUGCCAGAAGUGGUUUCUGGCCUCUCUUUUCAUAACCUCUGCUAAAACGUGUUUUAUCUAAACCAGGUAUGGUAGGGCAGACAUCAUGAGCGAGUCCAGCGAGUCAGUGUACUAACACAGAGGUAAAACACGGAUCUUGGCACACAGGAGAGAGCCAGCCAAGUGCCCUUCCCUAAGAAGCGGUUGGUCAGUCAGAGUCAUUGCGGUUUCCCAGCCUACAGCCAGUCUAACAGGGCAGAACGGCUUCUGAGAGCCUUCUUGGUGCCUUGGCCCACAGCUGGGCUGCGGUCCUGCCCGGGCACGUUUGUGUAGGCAGCUGAACUGAUACCCUGUUUGCAGGGAGCAUGUCAAAGUGGGUGACUUUGUGCUGGUGCUGCUGAGGAGCUCUCACCAGCACAGACUGGUAGUGUCAGUAAUGCCAAAGCUGAAUUCCCUCUCAAGUUGUCUGCCUGUCAUUUGCUUUCUUGCUGGUAUGUGUGCAGACUUACCCGAUCUAUGGGGAUGUGUUUGGAGCCAGCGGCUUUUUGUGGCACAUCCUGAUCCCUGCAGCAGGCAAGGUGAGGAGGGCUCUGUCAAUGUCAGCAGUGCUUCAGUCUGUGGCAAUGUGAAAUCGCAGUGGUAAUUUUUGUGUUUUAGAAGGGAGGGAGGGAGCAAUACUGUCCUAACAGUGCUUGGCUGUACCAGUGUCUGAUUAUUGUAGGGCAAUGUGACAGGGAAGGUAGAGGUUUCUGGCUCCCUCAUUGGCACCUGUUUUUCAGAGCUUUUCUGAGGGAGUGAUCUCUUAUGUUGCCUUACACAUCACCUGCUUUGA